AUGCGCGGCGGGCGGUCGGGGGGCGGGGGGCUGCGGAACCCCUGCCUGACGAUGCACCAGCCGUGGGCGUCGCUGCUGGUGCACGGCAUCAAGCGCGUGGAGGGCCGCUCCUGGCCGUCGCCGGUGACGGGCCGCCUCUGGAUCCACGCCGCCUCCAAGGUGCCCGACCCCGACACCGUCGCCGCCAUGGAGGACUUUUACCGGGAGAUCUACGCCGUCGACGGGGUCCACCACAUCGACUUCCCCCAGCACUACCCCGUCUCCCGCCUCCUCGGUCCCUAUCUCCUCCUCCUCCCCCUCUCACCUUCCUUGAUUGAUACCACUGCUGCUUUCCUCCUCAGCUUGCUGACGCCAUUGCCGAUUGAUUAUUGCUCAGGGUGCGUCGAGGUGGUCGGCUGCGUCAGGUCCGAGGAGCUCGUCUGCUGGGAGGACGUGCCCCAAUCAGUCAGGCUUGAAGGCUUGACCGACUUCUGCUGGCUUUGCGAGAAUCCGCAGAAGCUGGUGGUUCCGUUCGAGAUGCGCGGUUAUCAGGGUGUGUACAAUUUGGAAAGAAGGGUAUACGAGGGAGCAGCCAGGGGUCUUUCGCCUGUUCAAGGUCCACUGCCGGUCAAGUUCCCGCUUCCAGAUCCCAGAAACCCCUUGUCUCUCAAGCCGGGAUCUCUCAAUUUCGACUCUUCAAAGUCUGCCCUGGUCAAGACUGAGAGUGUUUCUGCAGCGAUAGCCGGGGCUAGAGCUGCCGCGACUCAGUAUUCGAGGAAGGGUAGUACUGCUGCCACUAGCAGUGAGAUUCAAACUCGAGGGAAAUCGAGGGAGAAUCAUGCCGAUGGCAGUUCAGGGAGUGGGGCUCUGCCGUCUGUUGUCCAGAACAGUCAAUCGCAUCCGCAAAACCAGGAUCCAUCGCCUGUUGUCCACAACAGUCCAUCGCAUUUGGUAAUCCAGAAUCCAUCGCCUGUUGUCCAGAACAGUCCAUCAUACUCGCAAACUCGGAAUCCUCAGUAUAUUGCUCAGAGCAGUCCAUCCUACUCGCAAACUCGGAAUUCUCAGUAUAUGGUUCAGAGCAGUCCAUCCUAUUCGCCAACUCAGAAUCCUCGGUAUAUGGCUCAGAGCAGUCCAUCCUAUUCGCGGAACCAGAGUCAAUCGUCCAAUAUCCAGAGCACUCCAUUCUAUUUCCAUGACCAGAAUCAAUCGUCCAAUGUCCACAGCAAUCCAUCCCAUUUCCAUUAUCAGAAUCAAUCUUCCACUGUCCACAACAGUCCAUCCUAUUCUCAUAAUCAGAACCCAUCGCCCAAUGUCCAGAACGGUCCAUCGUACUCGCAAAACCAUAACCCUUCUCCUGUUGCCCAGAACAGUCCAUUGUUUUUGCAACACCAGAACGCCGAGCCUCGGAGAAGUCCCAGACUACAGGGUGGAGCUCCCCACAGGGUGAGUGCUCAUUUUUCAUUCUGA